AUGACGGUCACCGACGGCAACGGAGCCAACAAUACCACAGCGACACCAAGCUACAAACAGCGUAAAGAAGAUUUUGUGUCAAAUCUGUCUGGAGGAUCGGUGACCGAGAUUGCUCAAGUUUGCGCAAUCGCGCCGGUUGUUGCUUUGCUAUGGUCAGUUCUGCAGGCCAGACAAUCUUUCUUCAAACCGUACACACCGCUCGGCUUUGCCGUUGAUUUUCUUCUGAAUGUUGGCGCGCUCCUUCUGUCGGUCACUCUCUACUCCAGCGCGCCCCUGCUCCUGAAUAUCCUGCUUUUGACAGCAGCUUUCAUCGUUUAUGCGCUUCCUCCGAACGUCUCACGGCGCAAGAAACCAAAACUCCCGCCAAAUGCGCAGCCUAAGACAGCUUCGACCUCCUCGGCCUCGGCUACGCCCUUGAGCGUUAUCUCCACCAAGCCAUUUCUUACGCACUACCGGGGUAACAUGAUGGUAGUGACAUGCAUAUGCAUUCUUGCAGUUGACUUCCGACUGUUCCCCCGCCGGUUUGCCAAGGUCGAGACCUGGGGUACCUCGCUAAUGGACAUGGGCGUCGGCUCUUUCGUCUUCUCGGCCGGGGUUGUGGCCUCUCGGGCCGUGCUCAAGGAGCGUGCCGAGGGCAUGACUACGCCGUUGGCGAUGAGGCUGGCCAGCUCUUUGCGCCACUCACUUCCGCUGCUGGGUUUGGGUGUUAUUCGUUUGAUCAGUGUGAAGGGGGUUGACUAUGCGGAGCACGUGACAGAGUAUGGAGUGCACUGGAACUUCUUUUUUACUUUGGGCCUCCUGCCCCCGUUCGUGGCGCUGUUCCAGUCUGCGCUCAAAUUUGUGCCCUCGUAUGCCGGGCUCGCCGUUCUUUUGGGCGUACUCUACCAGAUCGUGCUGGAGAGCACUGGGCUGAAAGCAUACAUCCUGGUCAGCCCGCGGACAAACCUGCUCUCCAUGAACAGGGAGGGCAUCUUUAGCUUCUGGGGCUACCUCGCCAUAUUCCUAGCCGGCCAGGACGUUGGUAUGCUCGUUCUACCGCGAAACCUAGGCCCGGGUUCCAAGCGCACCACGCUCUGGCUCAAGCUAGGCGCCUGGUCGCUAGGCUCGUUCGUCCUAUACUUCCUCUGCACGGACUACAAGUACGGCGCGGGGCUAACCGUCUCCCGGCGGAUGGCUAACCUGCCGUACAUGUUAUGGGUGGUCGCCUUCAACAGUGUACUGGUCCUAGCAUUUGCCGUCGUCGACACCGUCCUUUUUCCAGCUUUCUACAAGGCAACAGACUCCAAGACCGAAAAGGAGGCCUACGAAAUAGCGACGAGUCGCGUGCUCCGUGCCUACAACCGCAACGGCUUGCCGGUGUUCCUGGUCGCGAACCUGCUGACCGGCUUGGUCAACCUGACCGUGCCGACGCUCGAUGUCGGCGCGGGCACGACCAUGGCCAUCCUGCUCGCGUAUAUGGUGGCGCUUACGGGGUUCGCGGUUGUGUUGGACAUGUACGAUGUUACUAUUAAGUUGUAA